UACAACGUCCUAUUAUCCUAUGUCGGUUGCCGAUUGCGCGGGCGCAUUCAUUGCGUGCACACUACUCUGCCCAUCUUCCUGACAUACCCAGACUGCAGACUUCAAGAUGACAGUGAAAAAGCGUCCAUCAGACCUCUCCAGUCUGGAGCGGUUCAACAUGUAUUACCGUGAAAAGGAAACACCACUCUCAAAUAGUCAGAAGAUGAAGAGGUUCGUCUGGAAUCCAAAGACGAGACAGUUCUGUGGCAGGACCGGAGCUAGUUGGUCGAAAAUAGCGUUAUUUUACUUCAUCUUCUAUGCGGCGUUGGCUCUUCUCGUUGCGAUAUGCAUGUGGACCUUCCUGCAAAUGCUAGAUGCUCGUCAACCAAGAUGGCAGCUAGAGAGCUCAAUUAUUGGAACCAACCCAGGCCUAGGCUUCAGACCUACUCCACCAGAGGUCGCUAGCAGCGUAGUCUGGUACCGGGGAAACAAUCCUGGAAGCUACCAACUGUGGGUGAAGGAGCUAUCGACGUUUUUAGAAGCAUACAAACGUGAUGGGAAAAAGACGAGUGCCGGCCAAAAUAUUCACAAUUGUGAUUUUAAGCUACCUCCUCCUGCUGGCAAAGUCUGUGAUGUAGAUAUUAGCGCCUGGGGUCCUUGUGUCGAGGAGAAUAACUUCGCAUACCACAAAUCAACGCCGUGUAUCUUCUUAAAACUGAACAAAAUAUACGCUUGGAAACCAAAGUUCUAUGAUAGUUCUGAAAACUUGCCUGAACAGAUGCCCAUUGAUUUGAAGGAACAUAUCAAAAACAUGACUGCGUAUGAUAAGAAUUAUCUUAACAUGGUGUGGGUGUCAUGUCAAGGUGAGAACCCCGCUGAUAGAGAGAACGUUGGACCCAUACAAUAUUUGCCUUAUAGAGGAUUCCCGGGUUAUUAUUUCCCGUAUACAAACCAGGAAGGUUACCUCAGUCCUUUAGUAGCUGUUCAUCUGCAGAGGCCUAAAACCGGGAUGCUCAUAAACAUAGAAUGCAGAGCGUGGGCACACAAUAUCAAGUACGACAGAGGAGAGGGCAUGGGAUCUGUGCACAUUGAGAUAAUGGUCGAAUAAUUGACAACACACACAAACAUCGUAAGCUAGUUUUAAGAACUGUCAAAUUUAUCUGGCGUUUUUUAUUUGAUAGAUCUCAAAACUAGACAUACGGGCGUACGACAAAUUGUAGUUAUUGAGUAUUCAUUUGAAGAAUGUUUGAGUAAAUUAUUGAAUGAUA